AUGCUGCAGAGUAGUGCUCCCCAUCAUGUAGAGACCCUCUUUUCGCAGUUGGAGUGCAGCGCGCGAAAUCCUAUGCGUCUCUACCGUCAACUCCUGCAACGCGCCGCUGCGCAGCUGGACGUUGUGACAGCUGACGCGGGUACGCUACGCGCGAUGGUUCACCUCUUGCAAAAGCAACAGUGUGAGCAGAAGAAGUACAUCUUCCACCUUGAGACGCAGCUUGAGCAGGCGCGGGCGAGACGUGAACGGCAUGAUACCACAUGCAGCAUGCCAUGGAGCACGAAGAACGGACGCACCGGUACAACAAUGUCUUCAUUAUCAUCAUCGUUAUAUGGUGCCUGCGUGGGGAAGCAGCAAUACCAAUGCCGGAAGCCGCAGCAGCAGUGGCGAAGAGGAGGUGAUGAUAGUUGUCUCUCCACGUCGCGGGAAUUGCGGGGCAUUGGGAGUAGGCGUUUCACCUCACACUCGGCUCUCGAACUUGCUGGCGAUUCAUGCGAAGGCUCGUCACCACCACGACACCCAUCGCCAUUGGCAAUGCCGGCGUCGCUGCCGCCAUCGCAAGAAUCUGAUGGGAGUAAUGCCUGGGGAGCGGUGGAUGCGGGUGAUGAGGCACUGCUGGAAUGGGUACUGGGCGACGUUUUGCUGCUCUUACUUGACGAUUCUGCUUCGGCGAGUAGCGCAGCCUAUGGAGCGGCAGCUGCGCCGUCCCGCCCAUUAGCGGGAAACGUCAAAACAAUGUACGACACAGUCAUGACAUCGAUUCGGAUUUUGAAGGAGCGUGAAGGCGCAUUGAAAAGUCGCCUACAGGAGUUGGAAGAGACUGUGCGUCAAGAGAUGCAGCGGCGGCGACUAGAACUCCUUCGUGCAGAAGAGCAGGACAUCACGUUUGGAGUCCCCCCGGACCGACGUGAUCCGCACAAUAUUAGUGAUAGAUACGAAUAUCAUCAUCCUCUUGGUCAGGAUGUGGUUGUCAAAGCAGCUGCAGCUUCAGCUGACGUGUCGGAAGUUACGAACGCGCACCACACCGUGACGUAUUCCACCACUUCCGGCUCCCCGUCUUCUGUGGACCCCGUCGAUUCCAACAGCGGCACUAUGCGUAUCAGAAAGACAGCGAUGGAUUCAUCAUCAGCUUCUGAAAUGAUUCAAGAUAAAAUGCACGGCAUGCUUCUUCACACGGACGACGGUGAUGACGAUGCCGACGAUGUGAGUCUGAACGAUCUGGCUGGUGAGACGGAGCUCUUGGAGUACCUCACGUGGAAAGACUCGUUUCUUGAACAACUCCUUCCCUCAAUGUAG